ACCAAAACAAGGACGCUUCGUUGGGGGUUGGAAUCUUGGAGAAGAAGAAGAGCCAAGUGCAAGAAACUUCUUUCAUGUUCUUAUUCAUUUCUAGUCGUCUUCUUCAUCUGCAAUUCUUCUGUUCGAAAUGGCAAUUGGGGCUGAACCUGAACCUGAACCGUUAAGUUCUCAGCCCCUACAACCGCCUUCCACCUCAGGAGGCAAUGAUGCUGGUGAUUUUGAAUGUAACAUUUGUUUUGAACUAGCACAAGAACCAAUUGUUACUCUUUGUGGCCAUUUGUUUUGUUGGCCGUGUCUUUACAGAUGGCUACGCCUUCAUUCUCAAUCGCAAGAUUGCCCUGUUUGUAAGGCUAUCAUAGAUGAGGAGAAGUUGGUUCCUCUUUAUGGAAGAGGAAAGACACCUGCAACUGAUCCAAGGUUGAAGUCGGUUCCUGGAAUUGAAAUCCCUAACCGGCCUGCUGGACAAAGGCCUCAAACUGCAUCACCACCCGAAUCAAAUAGCUUACCUAAUUUUGGAUAUGGACUUGCUGGAUUUCGUAAUUUUGCAAUGUCAGCUGGUUUUGGGGGUUUAAUACCGCCAUUGCUCAACAUUCAGUUUCAUGGAUUUCCUUAUGCUUUGUAUGGUGCUCAAUCUGGGUUUAACCCGAAUUCAUUCUCUGGCCCGUUUCAGACAUAUCCAAAUGCUGGGAUCAUUCCUGGCCGCCAGCAGCAGCAGCAACAACAAGCUGAUUAUUAUCUAAAGAUGCUUUUCUUCAUGAUUGGGUUAUUUGUGGUAAUUGCACUUAUCUGAUCUUGAAAACAGGUUUCUGUUUGAUUCAACGCGUUUGAGGUUUGCUGAUCUUCUUCGAGGUAGUUGUGAACAUACAACAUUAUGUGUAGGGAAGUUAACUGCAUUUGAAAUGUAAAUGGUUUAGUUCGAGUCGUGGUCAUCUGUUUGUUUGUUAGGAUUUAACAGCUUUAAGAAAGACAGAAUUGUAGAACCUAGGAAUGAUAUGUAAAAGUAGGAAUGGAAUGAUGUUCUUUGUUCUAAUUGUUCUUUAAUUGCAAGUUCUUG